AUGAAGUUCUUCAUCGAUGCUUUCUUCAGACAUCGAUGGUACAGUGGGAAUCACAAACGUGAUGGUCCCUCACUACUUCAGGCGUGGAACGCCUACAUCCAUAAUCUCGAGGAUGUAGGUCGUGACGCUUGGAACGACAAACUUAUCAAAGCUCGUGAUAAGUUUGAAAAGCGAACCCCGACAGGUGCACGCUACAAGCUGCAUCGUCUGUCAAGGGAGAAAGGAUUACCCUGCCUCUCUUGGGGAGACUCGUGCCCAUGUUGUGUGAACAACUCUGCACGAGCACCUAAGGAGGCUUACCUCCUUACCAGCCCGUGGUGGCGCGUACGUGUCUCUACUGAGAUGUACGAAGGGAUUGACAACCUGAAAUCCCUUUACGACCGUGCCGGGAAGACUUUCUCCGGCGGUCCUUCUGCGGCACAGGAUGUGUCGCGUCGUACUGCUCGACCAGACCCAGUACGUCAACCAUCAAUUGGGAGCGGGGCUCCCAAGAAUCCCAGGACGGGGGAUAGCCGCGCCACCGGACGAGGUAACUCGUCCGACGUCCGUUCACGUCGCGGUGGUUCAACAGCUGCUCUACUAGAUAGCGCUGGCCACCGCGAGAGUCCUCUAAUGGAGGUGGAGGAGGAGGAAAGACGCUCUCCACACGAUCAUGUGGAUCGGUGUGUUCCCGAGAGCUUCUUUGAUCGCGUAACGCAAGGGUUACGCGACGAUCUCGAGCAUGAGCGGAAUAGGCGUCUCCAGAUGGUGGACACUGCCUCGAAGCAUCGAGCUGAGUUUGCCUUUGCUCAGCUUGAGAACGAGAGAUCUCUGACAUCUCUUCGUGACGAGCUAAGGACCCUUGUUGAUGCCCACCAUCAGGAGCACAAGGCUCUCUGCGAGAUGCUUGAGCGCAAGGGCGUUCUUCAUCGGAAGAAGCAGCGUACUGAUGGUACGGCUUAA